UUUUUUUUUAUUAUUAUAUUUUCUUCAUUCUAUAUUUCAUCUCUUUUAUAAAAAUAUUUUAAUGGAUUCUCUCGAUUUAAAAUUACCAGGAUACAUGGUAUACUGUGUCAUCAUUGCCUGUCUUGGCUCCUUCAGUAACGGUUGGGUUAUUGGUUCUGCCAACGUUCCCGGAGAAGUCACUCAUGCUUGUGAAAACGGCAUGUCUCAUAUCGCUAACAGUGCUUUCCCCGAUUGUCUCCCCAUGAACGAUGCCCUUUGGGGUUUCGCUGUUUCUUCUUUCUGUGUAGGUGGUUUAAUUGGUGGUAUCUCUGGUGGUACUAUUCAAACAAAAUUCGGUCGUAAAAAGACCAUCAUCUUCAACAACAUUGGCUGGAUCAUUGGUGCUGUCUUAAUCGGUGCUUCCGUCUCCCCUGCCAUGUUUAUCAUUGGUCGUAUCUUGUGUGGUCUCUCUUGUGGUCUUGGUUCUCUUACUACUCCUACUUACGUUGGUGAAAUCUCUACUGUCAAGGGUCGUGGUACCAUGGGUACUUGUAACCAAUUUGCUAUUGUCAUUGGUAUCUUACUUGCUUCCGUCGUCGGUCUUCCUCUUGCCUAUGUUCCCCUUUGGAGAAUCAAUUAUGCUAUCGUCGCUAUCCCUGCUAUCGCCCAAUUCUUUUUGAUGGCCGGAUGUGUUGAAUCUCCUCGCUACCUCAUCACACAAAACCGUCUUGAAGAAGCCCGUGCUAACCUUCAAAGACUUCGUCCCAAUGCCAACAUCGAGCGUGAAUUCUUUGAACAAGUCGAAGGUAUUCUCGGUACUUUUGCUGCCAAGGCUGUCACCAACAUCAACGAAAUCGAAGCUGUCAAGUCCAUCGAAAAGGAUUCCUUUGAUAAGACCAACCUUGAAGACGGUGCUGCUGCUACUAUGGAAGCCAAGCCUCAAGGUGAUGAUGACUUUGUUCAUCCUACUUUAAAUAUGAUCCAAAUCUUCCAAGACCCUAUUAUCCGCAAGAUUGCUGUUACUGUCAUUCUUCUCCAUGUCAUCCAACAAUUGAUCGGUAUGAAUGCUGUCAUGUACUACUCCACUACCAUCUUCAAGAUGUCCUUCGAUGCUGAUAUGUCCAAGUACAUGGCUAUCGUCACUACUGUUGUCAACUUUGUCUCUACCAUCGUCUCCUUGAUCUUGGUGGAUCGUAUGGGUCGUCGUCCUUUGCUCUUAAUUGCCGAAGCAGGUGCCUGUAUCUUUUCUGUACUCUUGAUCAUUGGUUAUGUCUACAACAUUGGUGCUCUUUUAGUCGUUGCUGUCUUUGGUUAUGUUCUCUCCUUUGCUGUAGGUGUAGGUCCCAUUCCCUGGAUGAUGACCUCUGAAAUGUCUCCUGUCUAUGCUUCCUCUGCUGUCGGAUCUGUUGCUACUGCUGUCAACUGGGCCAUGAAUUUCUUGAUUGGUCAAUGUUUCCCUGUUAUCUUUGCCAAGAUCCAAGGUUACUCCUUUGCCAUCUUUGCUGCUAUUGCCGCUAUGGCCUUUGUCUUUACUUUCUUCAGAGUCCCUGAAACAAAGAACAGAUCUAUUGAAGCCAUUGUCAAGUCUUUCGAGACAUAAAAAAAAACACACACACCCUAUAUUCCACUUUUUUUUUUCUUCUUCUCUCUUACAUAUUUUCAACACACAUUUACUACUACUACUUUUUUUACAUACUCUUGUCUUUACCCUACUCCCUUUUUCUCUUUUUCUUAAUCAUUGUACCAUAGUUUCUCUUAUAUAAUAAAAAAAAAUAUUUAAAAAAUA